AUGUCUCAAAAAGCUAUAGAGUUAAUAUCUAAAAUAGCAUUACCAGCGGGUAUAGCAUUUGCUGUUGCGCAAUCGUCAAUGUAUGAUGUUCCAGGUGGUAAAAGGGCCAUUAUUUUUGAUAGAUUAAAAGGUGUUGAACAACAAGUUAUUGGAGAAGGAACACAUUUUGUUAUUCCCUGGUUGCAGAAGGCUAUUGUAUUUGAUGUUAGAAUUAAACCAAAAGUUAUAACAACUACAACUGGGUCAAAAGAUUUACAAAAUGUAUCACUUACAUUAAGAGUUUUGACAAGACCUGAAAUUUCAAAAUUACCAAUAAUAUAUCAAACUUUAGGUUUGGAUUAUGAUGAAAGAGUUUUACCUGCGAUAGGAAAUGAAAUUUUGAAAAGUAUAGUAGCACAAUUUGAUGCUGCUGAAUUAAUUACUCAAAGAGAAGUUGUUUCAGCUAGAAUAAGACAAGAAUUAUCAAGAAGAGCGAAUGAAUUUAAUAUAGAAUUGGAUGAUGUAUCAAUUACUCAUAUGACUUUUGGAAGAGAAUUCACAAAAGCUGUUGAACAAAAACAAAUUGCUCAACAAGAUGCAGAAAGAUCAAAGUAUUUGGUUGAAAAAGCUGAACAAGAGAAAAAAGCAAGUAUCAUAAGGGCAGAAGGUGAAGCCGAAUCCGCCGAAGCAGUUUCUAAAGCCUUGGCCAAAGCUGGGGAUGGUUUAUUGAUGAUUAGAAGACUAGAAGCUUCAAAGGAUAUAGCAAACACUUUAGCUGGUUCACCUAAUGUUACCUAUUUACCAAGUAAUGGCGGAGGUGAUGAUGGAGGAGAAGGAGCUAAGAAUUCAUUAUUAUUAAAUUUGGGUCGUUAA